GAAGAAAACAGGACAGAAACAAAGAACUCCACCCCCAUGGGGCAACAACCUAACCCCAACUCAAGUCGAAGCUACCCAUCGCCGCCACCAUCGCCGCCGACGGAACUGCACCAGAGCGAUGCGGAUGAGGACGAUCAGAACGUGAAGCAGCUUCAAGAAUGCUCUACACUCUACUUAGCAUUACAGAAUUGUCUGGUCAAUUCCAACAGGAACUGGAAAUCUUGCCAAAAAGUGCUAAUUACGUUGUUCCUGAUCUGGAGCAGAAGUUCAAGCCCUGAAGGUAUGCAACGACAGAAGGAAAAAAUGAGCAGAUGAACUGAGAAUUGUAUUGCAGUUUUGGUGAUUAUUGACUUUUUUUUACCAUGUAUUUUUUGACAAUUUUUUGCUUUUUUAAGAUCAUAGAUUCCAGUGAAAAAUUAAUUGGGAAAAUCAUUUUUCUUUGUUUUGCUAUGAUAUGAGAAGCUUGAGCUCUUUUGUUUCUUUAACAUUCUUGCAUGCUAAUAUGCAAUGAGAUCCAGUCUUUAUAAGUUUCCUACCAGGCUUUAGUGCUAUGCCAGAUUUGUAAAGUUAUAUAUAUAAUUGAUUCAAU